AAGACCCUGUGUUUGUUUUGGGGAAAAUAAAAAGGCCGAAGAGAAGCCAUGGACAGCGCCAAAUUCCAAUUCUCAAGUUCACAAUUUCUCGAUCAAUCGCCAUAGCCAUGGCUUUGAAAUGAAAGAGAGCUCGAGCUAUGAGCUCGACAAAGUGAAGCGUUUUUCGGAUUUGAAUUAGAGAGAGAAAGAGGAGUGCGAUCCUCGGCGGAAGCAUGCUUAUUGCGUUUUUGGGCGCAAAUUCAUCCGUUUCUUAUACUCUAACUUCUAGCUGCUAAACCAAUUUUUUCAGGCUGCUGAAUUGAGUGGUUUCGAAUUUGGAAAUUCAGGUGGAGUUUUCUCUAAUUGAGAGAAUUUCGGUGUAAUUGGGAGUUUGCGCUGGGUGAUCUGGGGUCUGAGGCGAGAGCGAGAGAGAUAGAGAGAUGGAGGAGGCUUGGUUGUGUCAGUGGAGCACCAUUAGAUCUCUCGUUGCAAUUCUUCAAUGGUGGGGUUUCAAUGUUACCGUCAUUAUCAUGAACAAGUGGAUCUUUCAGAAAUUGGAUUUUAAAUUUCCUCUAACAGUGUCUUGUAUUCACUUCAUCUGCUCUGCGAUUGGAGCGUAUAUCGCGAUUAAAGUGUUGAAGGUUAAGCCGCUCAUUUCUGUUGACCCUGAAGAUCGGUGGAGACGGAUAUUCCCCAUGUCGUUUGUGUUUUGUAUUAACAUAGUUUUGGGGAAUGUGAGCUUGCGUUAUAUUCCGGUUUCUUUUAUGCAGACAAUAAAGUCCUUCACUCCUGCAACCACUGUUGUCUUGCAAUGGCUCGUAUGGAGAAAGUACUUUGACUGGAGAAUAUGGGCAUCUCUGAUACCUAUUGUUGGAGGAAUUCUUCUUACUUCUGUGACUGAGAUGAGCUUUAAUAUGCUUGGAUUUUGUGCUGCCUUAUUUGGCUGUUUAGCUACCUCCACAAAGACCAUUCUUGCAGAAUCCUUAUUACAUGGAUACAAGUUUGACAGCAUUAAUACGGUGUAUUAUAUGGCACCCUUUGCAACCAUGAUCUUGGCAGUACCUGCAAUGCUCCUUGAAGGAAAUGGGGUUCUUGAUUGGCUUCACACACACCAGUUUGUAUGCUCGUCCCUCAUCAUCAUUUUCAGCUCUGGGGUGAUGGCCUUCUGUCUUAACUUCUCCAUAUUUUAUGUGAUUCAUUCCACAACUGCUGUGACGUUUAAUGUUGCUGGAAACCUUAAGGUAGCUGUAGCUGUCCUUGUUUCAUGGUCGAUAUUUCGAAACCCAAUUUCAAUGCUAAAUGCAGUUGGAUGUGCAAUUACGCUCCUGGGUUGUACAUUCUAUGGCUAUGUAAGACACCUUCUCUCACAGCAGCCACCUGGAACCCCUCGAACGCCUCGGACCCCUCGGAGUCGGAUGGAGCUGCUCCCCCUUGUAAAUGACAAAUUAGAUGAUAAGGUCUAAUUAGAGAAGAGGAAUCCAACACCAGAAUACUCGUGGCAUGUUCGUCCUGUCCACUUGCUUUAGGCGACUUCAACUUUUUUUCUUUUUUUCAUUCAUAAUGCUAUAUCUAUAUCUCCCCUCCAUCUAUUUGUUGUUUGUAGCUUUAGCAUAUUUACGCGCGACUGGUAUUACCUUUUCUAUGAGUAGUUAUCUUAUGUCUCUGAUUAAAGAGGCAGUUAUUGCCAGAGUUCCAAA